AUGUCGCUCGCGAGCCGAGCGUUGCGGUUGACGGGGCGUUCGCUUGUUGUGGCCACGCCUGCGACUUACGCAUGGUACACUUAUUCCUCUGGCGACUAUUUGUUGGAAGGUGCAUGGCGGGGGAUAUAUUUUUGGUCCCGGGUCGGACCCAUCGUUCUUCGCUACAAGUGGGUCGACAUGACCACGCGCGACCAGGGAGAAGAGCGCACCGCCGCUUUCGAGCAGCUUCACAAUGUGUACGCGCCAGUCGCCUUGAGCGUUAUUCUCGCACUGCGCGGCUUUUACAUAAAGUUUGGCCAGUUCGCGUCUUCCCGCGCCGACAUCGUGCCGUCUCAGUACUUGGAGCAGUUCCGUACCUUGCAGGACUGCGUCCCGCCGAAGGACCUCCAGCAUGUGAACGGCACCAUAGAGAGAUGUCUCCAGUGCUCGAUAGCAAGCGUCUUCGAGCAGUUCGAGGAAGAGCCUCUCGGGGCGGCCUCGAUUGGCCAGGCGCACUUCGCCAAGCUGCACGACGGCACCGAGGUCGUGGUCAAAGUGCAGUACCCGGAGGUGCGCCGCACGUUCCAUCUGGACAUGAGUUGCAUACGGGCUGUUGUCGGAAUGGUGGAGCCAUCCUUGGCUCCCGUCUUGGACGAGUUGAAGAAGCAGUUUCUCACGGAGUUUGACUUCCGACGCGAGGCGCAGAAUCUCGUCGACGUCAGCCGCGCCGUGUUGCCGCGCUGGGGCGGCUCGGUUGCGAUGCCCACGCCCCUCCCAGAACUGUGCGGCGAGCACGUCCUGACGAUGACAUACCUGCCGGGCGACAAGCUGGAGACGGCGCUGAAGCGCGAAUGGAGCCAGCUGGGACUCGAGCCGGAGGCCUUGCAGCUGCGGCUCGGCGGCCGGGCGCCGCCGGGGCCCCGCAGCAUGGCGCUGGCGUUGCGCGUGCUGCGCUGGUGCUCGUGGCUGCUGCGGCUGCUGGAUGGCCUGCGGUCUUUGCUGCGGCCCUCGGCCGUGCGCGCGGGGGCGAGGGCAUGGGUGCCGGACCGUCGGCAGACAGUGCGGACGCUGCUCGGGGUGCACGCGGACCAGGUGCUAGUGCACGGGGCCUUCAACGCGGUCAAGCGCAUCGACGUGGCCACCAGGAGGAAGCUGGCGAGGCUGCUGGUCGCCCUGGGGGACCAAGACCGGGCGCGCAUCGUGGGCGCGUUCGUGGACUUGGGAGUGCGGUCCGAGCGGAUGGAUCCCCGAUUCCUGGAGGCCAACGCGCGGCUGCUCUUCGGCAGGGUCGACGGAGAGUUCACGGGGGGACGGCCUCUGCUGGAUUUCCUGCAGGAUUUGCGCACCUGGGAUAAGCUGACGGAGAUUCCAGGGGAGAUCUACCUUCCCGCGCGUGCGGCGACGAUGCUGCGGGGCUUGUCGUUGCUGUUGCAUUGCAACGUGUCCAUUGCGGAGGAGUGGCGCAGCGCAGCGCAGCAAGUGCGUGUGGUAUCGCUCUCUAGCAGGCAGACUGGCGAUGCGGCCAAGGCCUGGCAGGAGACGUUGCAUAGGCGAGUGGGCGUUCCAGGCGACCCACCCGGGCGCGACACCUUGCCAAGCCUCUACGACAAGCAGCGUCGCACCAUUGCGGCCUCUGGCGUCUCACGGUCGGCGCCGCCCUCCACGGUGGGGCCCUCCGCGUCGGUGGUGGCCUGGUUCGCCCAGUUCCAGUGCCAGAGCUGCGAGCGGAUACCGACGUCCCUGGAGGACCGCUUCUGCUCCUCGUGCGGGCAGCCGCUCCCGCUGCCGCAGCUGCCGCCUGGCACGGGCGGCGGGCGCAGCGGGUGCACGGCGGCCAACUUGGGGGAGGUUGCCGCCGCGGCCGCCGCUGCCGCGGAGAGGGCCGCACGGCGCCCCGCGGCGAUGAGCGCGGGAGGACCACGCGCAGAAGCAAUCCCCGACGCAUCCGCGGCACCAGUCCGCGGUUCGAUUGCAAUGGCGUUCGUGCCCCCGCCUGUGGACACCGCGCUGGCCCAGGAGGGCGAGUGCGGGCUAUGCGAUGAGCACAUCAUCCAGCUUCGGGGGCCGACCACCAAGAACACCUCGGACGCGGUGAAGGUUAGCAAGCUUCGUUACACGAACUCGUUGGACAGCGCCACCCAGUGGCGGGGCGAGCUGAAGAAGCGUCGCGUUUGCAGGCACGCGAAGUCUGCGAUGUGUAUGGUGUCUAUGAGCAUGGCCUUCCUGGUGCUGGGGUCGAUCGUUGGCAUCCGGAUCCUGUCAUGGGAAAUCAUCUCAAGCGACCUCACGGCGACCAGCGAGGAGGGGCAGAAGACCCAGGUGGAGCAGGUGUCGAAGGAGGUCUUGUCUUUUUUCCAGGUCGGCUCCCGGAUGGCCCAGGCGACGUCGCUGAUGUACAACAUCUCCUUCAAGCGGGACAACGAGUCCGCUCCGCAGCAGUUCCUGAAAAAAUUCGGCGUGACCCAGUGGUCGGCCCUGGUGCAGUCGGAGACGGGGCAGGACGUGCUCGUGACUCAGGCGCGGAACCCCGCUCUGUUGAGCAGUCAAUCUGACCUCGACUGCAACGUGGAUGCCGUCCUGCUCGGCUCUUUUUACAUGUUGGACAGCGGCCCCGAGACCUCGGGGCUCCCGCAGGAGGCAAACGAGUCCACGAAUCCGUGGGCGUCGUCGGGGGUCAUCCUUGGCAUCAUCGCGGGUGAGGACGCGACUCUCGCUGCUGCGUCCGGCGGCCCGCUAGGGUUGGUCAGAGUCUUCCAGGAAGCGCCGUGCGGAGAGGCUGGAUCCGGCAGCGGCGGGCCCAUGUGGGAGAGCAAUUCGCUCCCGGGGACCUGGGUCCCGGGCAAUACCAUGGACUCCUCAUCUGGCCUGCUGCAGCCGCAGUGGCAGCGGAACACGUUGGUUGACACCCAGAACGCGCUUGUGCGUAAGGCCGUCCUCUUCCCAUUGCUGGGCCCGUCCUGGGCCCCAAACAGCGCCUGGGGUCGCGUGACCAUCAGAGUGGCGGACUACGAGAACACCUUCGGCGAGAAGAACUUGCAGAGCAUGCUCGGGGAGGUCGCGGCGACCUCGCGCGACAGCACCGUCAUCUUCGUCCUCACUCGGCAGGGCGAGCUGCUUGCGAGUUCACUGGAGGGCCAGAGCAUCGAGGACCUGGAGAAGAACCCCGUCGGGCUGGUCCAGGGCGACAAGGAAGGGGCGGUGAUGCAACCCAUCCAGCCGGUGGCCAAGGUCCUUAUGGAGCGUCACUGCUCCGCCAGCGACGACGGCGAGCUCGACUGCGACUGGGGCCAGGUCGAGGUGCUGCAGUACAUUGGGAAGUAUGCAGUGGUGGCCAAGCCGAUCGCCGACCCACUCGCCGAGGGCCUGGGCCUGCUGCUCGUGGACCUGGUGGACGCCGAGGCCAUCACGGGCCGCAUCGAGGAGAUCAACAUCCAGCUCAUCUACCUGGGGCUGCCCAUCAUGGUCGGCGCCAUCAUGCUCUUCAUUAUACUGUCGCGGCAAGUGACGGUGCCGCUUCGGAAGGCCCGGGACAACAUGUUCUUGCUGAGUGACAUGAAGAUCGACGACGCGGUCGCGGCCUACGCCGAGGGCAGUUGCUGCAGCCGCCCGCUGUUCACAGAGGCCGGCGACUUGCGCCUCAGCUUCUUGCACGCCGCCAGCGCCCUGAAGAAUUGGCGGGUGAAGGAGAUCGAGCGGCGCACGCUGCUCGAGGAGGAGCGCGCCCAGCGGAUCCAGCAGACGGUAGAGAAGGCGGUGCAGGGCGCGGGCAAGUUGAUGCACCCGAUGGUUUUGGUGAGCGCGGAGGAGUUCUUGCAGAUGCAGGAACUCACCAGCUACGAGAAGUUGCGCAGCCAGGGCAAGCUAGAGUUCCUCGACACCGAGGACGACCUUGCGAGGUUCAAGACGAACCGCAGCGUGAUCUUCCUUUCCCACCAGUGGCUUGGCUGGGGCUUCCCGGACGACGAGCAGCAGACGCAGCUGAAGGCCAUGAAGAGCGCCGUCAGGACCGCCGCACACCAGAUGCGCGCAGCCGGCGCGAGGGGCGCGUGGAAGAACGUCUACGUGUGGGUGGACUACUGCAGCAUCGCCCAGGAGCACCGUGGCAUGCAGACUCUCGCCGUUUCCUCUCUGCCGGUCUACGCCUCCAGCGCGGACGUCUUCAUCAUCGUGGCGCCGCCCGCGAAGCACGUGGAGUCGAACAACCACGCGGACCUGCACUCGUACAACUCCCGCGGGUGGUGCCGCGCCGAGAUGUUGUCGAAGAUCUGCAGCAGCGGGCUGGAGAACUUCUUCGUCUUGUCCACCGAGGGCGGCGAGCUCCAGCGCGUCACCGAGGACUGGCUCCCUUCCUUGUCGAUGUACGUCUUCGAGGGCGAGUUCUCCUGCUGCCAGCAGGGGCACGCUCAUGGGGCCUGCGACAAGGAGGCGCUCGUGGAGCCAGUGCUCGGCCUCUAUUCGCUGGUGCUCCGCCAGGUGGGCGGCACCGGGCGCAGCAGCAGCGGGCGCCACAUGGAACAGGUGCUGCGCCACAUCCGGCAGUCGAAGGAACGCUUCUUCCCGCAGAAGUACACGCACAAGGUUGCCAAGCAGGAGGGCGCGGCAGUGGAGGAACGGGAGCUGUUCGGUCCGCUCGUGGAGGCCCUGGAGCAGCACAUGAACGCAGAAAAGGGCGUGCGGCGGUCGGACAGCAUGGGGUCAAAGGAUCUGACCCAGGAGCUGGAGGAGCUGGAGAGCGGCGACAGCCGGCAGAUAGUCUACGCGGCCGUCGAGCACGCCGCGGCCGGGGGCCCCGACCGCGGCAAGAAGCUUUGGCCCAGCAGCGAGUCGCCGGGCCGCAGACCGCGUCGAGGCGAUGAGCCCAAGGCCGGCUGGUUGCCCGAGAAGUCCAUGAAGACGCGGGAGGGCCAGGUGGCCGUGUGGCUUGGCAACAUAAAGCCCAGGAGGUGA